AUGGACGCACAACCACUUUGCAAGGACACCGUCCAGGUGAUGCACUCCCAGAUCGCCCUGCUGCGGCAGACCGUGCUAGACCUGCGGGAGACAAAGGCGCAAGAGAUUGGAGACCUUCGUCGGCAAAUCGACGCCCUCGAAACGUCGGGUCCAGGCAACGCGAAAGCUCGGUUCGACGACAUUGACUCGAGACUGCGGGCGGUAGAACAGCAGCCUGGUGGGAGUGGAAUGGUGGGUACCAUCGGCGAGCGCGAGGAUCGGAUCGAAAGUCGAGUUGCGGCGCUCGAGAGAAAGCUUCUGGCCGAUGCCGAGGGCGCCAAGGCGGCGGCGGCGGAGCGGAAGCGGAGGCUCCUCGAUCGGCUGAUGCGACAGACAAUCGUCCUGCGAAACACGAUUAUUGCGGAAGGGAUGGCGGCAGGCACAGAAGGGAGAAGCGAGGGGGAAUCGGAGGCGGCCCAAGAGGAGGAUUGUUGGGCGGGGGUGCGGGAGGAUAUGGUGCGGGGUGGCCGUGGUAGCGGUGGUGUUGGGCAGGCCGCGGAUGAGGAGGAGCUUAUCCUCACGGCACGCGCCAGGCUGGCCUGGCUAGAGAGUUGCGCCGAGAACACGCCGUCUUCGGGGGGGAUCGCCGGCUCCGGCCCCGCGGGCAGCGGCGAUGAUGCCGAGACGGAGCGAAACGACCAACCAGCAACUAGCGACAAUGGUGAUAUCGAUUUAGUUGUCCCCGAAGAGGGCGGUACGCCAGCAAGUGGUAUGAGUGAUGAUGUUGGUCAGCGGCGGGCGGCGGGCGCUUUGCCGGCGGAGGCGUGGACUGCGCCCGGAGAUGAAGGAGGAGGAGGCCGUGGCGGCGGCGGCUGGGCUGGAAGGCGCCGAAGCAGCGGGGGCACCGGUGGCGGCGACGCGGACGGGGAGGUGGCCCGGCUGUGGCGCUGGAUGGAUGAAAUUGAGAGCCGCAUCUACCGGAGAUGUUCCGACAGAGGAAGACUACCUUCACGGGGGGCUGGAGACGUCGUAACCUCCAAGGCUGGGGAGGUAACCGGCGCCGACCUCCAAAACCUCCAGGAUUCUGUCGAGCUCUCGUCGCUCGCAAUGGGAAACAAGCUUGAGGAAGGCCUGGCCACACUCGACGAGCGCAUGAACCUCUUAGAAGGCAACGUCCGGUCGGUGAAAGCCAGGGCGCUGUCAAGGUCGGCACUCGACGCGGUGUCCGCUGCCGCCACUGCCGCUGCGGCGGCUGCCGUCCCAGGCGGCAGCGGGCACCCGCCGCCGCCGCUCGUGAUCGCCCCGCCCGACGACAGCCGGAUCGAAGAGAUCCUGGCCGGCGUGCUCGGGGACGAGAUCCCCACGCUGCGGCGCGACUUGGGAGGCGUUACGGAGCGGGUGGCGCACUUGGAGGCGACGGUGGCAGAAGACGGCGCUGGGGGGGCGGGCCUGAGCGUCGAGGAGGCGGCCGCCGCUGCCGCGGACGCGGCGUCCCGGCUGGCCAACGAGGAGACCCAGGCAAGGUUGGCCGCGGAGAUGUCGGCACUAGAGGAGAGGGUGGACCGGCGCGCCAGGGAGGAGGCCAGGCGGGCGAGGGAGGAGCGGGAGGCCGCAGAAGCGCGGGGGGCGAUGCGGCGGGUGUCGGCGACGGUCUCGGCGUACACGGCGGACUUGGCGACGCGGCUGGACGGGCUCAAGUCGGAGCACGAGGAACAGGGGGCGGUGGUGACGCGAACGGCGGAGGAACUUGCCGCCGCCGAGGCCGGCCUGAGGACUCUAGGGUCGGAGCUCGUUGGGCUGGGACAGGUUGCCAACAGCGUGUCCAUGGUUGUGGACGGGAAAGCCGAUCAGACGGACGUGGAGGCGUUGAAGCACGCCAUGCAAAGGCUGGAUGCCACCGUUACGGCCAAGGCCCGGGGAAGCUCGGCCACGGCGGCGAGAGACGCCGAGGCUAUGGGAGCGCUGCAGGUCGCCUUCAGGGACAUGUCUGCCAGCAUGGAGGGAAGCAUUCGAAAGCUUCAACAGGCACAGGCGGCUGCCGGGAGCAUCAAGGUCAAGCCCCUGCUAGACAGAGUGGUGAAGGAGCUCACCGAGGCAGGCAUGCUGCCGGACCCAGACGCCGGGCAGGGCGCUGUAGGGCGCUCGAUGUGUCUAUCGUGCAACCGCCCGAUGACCGUCGCCGGAGACCAAUCGAGCAGCAGGUUCGCCUCGCAGUUCCGAGGAGGCACACUCGGCAGCCGUAUGGAGAAGAUGUCAUCGAACAACCCCAUGCACAUCAACAAGCCGUCGGUGAUCUGGCGGGGGGGGUUCAAGAUGCCGCCCCACAGAGUCCCAGCAAGCGCCCACGAACGACAACGGCAGCACCACCACCAGCAUCGACAGCAGCAGCAACAACAACGGCACCGGGCUGAAACAGCCGGGGCGGUGGGAGAUGGCGGCCGGCGCGCUGGUGACAGUGGGGGAGGCGGGAGAAUCACGACAGGCGCGUCCUCCUCUCAGAUUCUGCCGCCGUCCGACGAAGUGCUAGGGCCAGGGGGAAUUGAUGCGUCAAGAGAUGGCAGGUUGCCAGGGAUUCCUAACAUGCUCGAUAGUACGAGCGCGGGGGGGCGUGAAACCGGGGGUGGUGCCGGGGUUGUCGGCGGUGUAGUAGGGGUAGGGGGUAGGAAUAAGAGGGUGUCGGUGGGCUCCUUGGCGGCGUCGUCCGAUGCGCCUCACAGGGGGAGGUUUGUGCGGCAGCGGUGA